AUGGGUAUCACUCGUGAUAACUGGCACAAACGGCGAGGAACUGGAGGCAAACGCGCACAACCACAUGACAAGAGGAAGCACGAGCUCGGGCGCCCCGCAGCGAACACGAAGAUCGGUGAGCAGAGGGUCCAUUCGGUGAGAUGCCGCGGUGGAAUCAUCAAACGCCGUGGUCUUCGAUUGAAUGCUGGAAACUACUCUUGGGGUUCGGAGGGUGUUGCUGCGAAGACUCGUAUUUUGGACACUGUCUACAAUGCGACCAGCAACGAACUCGUACGCACAAAGACUUUGGUGAAGGGCACAAUCGUUUCCAUCGACGCACUACCGUUCCGCCAAUGGUACGAGAAUCACUAUGCGAUUCCACUUGCGCGCAAGAGGGGCACCAAACUGACGGACGAGGAUCAAGCCAAAAUUGACGAAAAGAAAGUCAACGGGAAAUUCACAAAGGAAUAUAUUCUGCGUCAACGCAAAGCGGCCAUCGACCCAAAAGUUGCCGAGCAAUUUGCCACAGGAAAACUUUUAGCGCGAAUCUCCUCUAGCCCCGGUCAAGUUGGUCGAUGUGAUGGUUACAUCCUCGAAGGAAAGGAAUUAGAAUUUUAUCUUCGUAAGCUGCGAGCAAAGAAG